CCUGCUUUCCUCAACCACGUUAAGAAAUGGAGGAAGACAGUAACUCCUUGGAGUAUACACCAACAUGGAUAGUUGCCAUGGUCUCUUUGAUCAUUAUUCUCUUAUCACUUUUCGCUGAGCGUGGACUGCAUAAACUGGGAAAGUUGUUGAUGCAUAAGAAACAAGAUGCAUUAUUCGAAGCCUUGCAGAAGUUGAAAGAAGAAUUGAUGCUUUUAGGGUUCAUUUCUCUUCUGUUAACUGUCGGCCAAGGUGUGAUACAACGCAUAUGCAUGCCCCCUGGUCUUGCAUCUCACAUGCUGCCAUGCAAGAAGCAUGCUGAGGGUCACAAUCAUGAAAAGUAUUCUCUUCAAACUUUGAACAAUGGAAGACGGCUAUUGUCUGUCGGAGUUGGCUCAGAAUAUUGCACACACAAGGGAAAGGUUCCGUUGUUAUCAUUGGAAGCGUUACAUCAGCUGCAUAUUUUCAUCUUCGUAUUAGCAGUUGUCCAUGUUAUCUUCUGUGUCACUACAAUGAUUCUUGGAGGGGCAAGGAUAGGCCAGUGGAAGCAUUGGGAGGAUUCGAUCAAGGGAAAAUCACUUGCGGAUGCAGUUCCAACAAAGGCAAGUCAUGCCAAACAUAGAAGGUCAUUCCUCAAAAAACAUGCUGAAGGAGAUUGGAGAAAAGCGGCCGUUAUUAGUUGGAUGAUAUCGUUCUUCAAACAGUUUUAUGGCUCGAUUACCAAGUCAGACUAUAUAGAACUUCGAUAUGGAUUUAUCAUGACUCACUGCCCCAGAAGACCUAAUUUUGAUUUCCACAAGUACAUGACGCGGACACUCGAAAUUGAUUUCAAAAGGGUUGUUAGCAUAAGCUGGUACUUGUGGCUCUUUGUUGUGCUGUUUUUGCUGCUGAAUGUGGAAGGAUGGCACUCGUAUUUCUGGUUAUCUUUUCUACCAUUGAUUCUUCUACUUCUUGUGGGAGCAAAGCUAGAGCACAUAAUCAUGCGUAUGGCUCAGGAGGUUGUCGAUAAGAUGAGCCAUGACGAGGAAAAUGCAGUAGUAGAGCCUUCAGACAAACACUUCUGGUUUCAUAGCCCUGACAUUGUUCUUUACUUGAUUCACUUCAUUCUGUUUCAGAAUUCAUUUGAAAUUGCCUUCUUCUUCUGGAUUUGGAGUACGUACGGAUUCAAUUCCUGUAUCAUGGAAAAACUGGGAUAUAUCGUGCCGAGACUUUUUAUGGGAGUGAUUGUUCAAGUGCUCUGCAGUUACAGCACCUUGCCUUUGUAUGCUCUGGUUUCCCAGAUGGGUAGCAAGUUCAAAAGAGGCAUGUUCAAUGAACAAGUUCAUUCUGCGUUGGACGACUGGAUUGGUAAAAGCAGAGGCGAUACAUUGAAUAGAUAUGAGAAAAACACAGAAAACUCAGAUCAUGUAACUGAAGAAAGUGCAGCAGCAAUAGUUGAGCUCCCUGUCAUAGAAAAUCAUACUUCAACAUCUUAAUUUUCUUCUCAAUUUCACUUGCUUUCAUUGAU